CUCGCGCACACACACACUGGCACCUGGAUACGGGCCCCCACUUGAAGUGCGGCAAACAAAAUCCGGACAGCAGCACGCUAACUCCUCAGUAGCGAGGCUAAGCCGAACGUAAGCGGAUCAGCAAACAUGCAACGGGGAUACUUCUUGCAGGCCGUUCUGGCUAUGGCCACACUCUACGGUUGCCUGGCACCUGGCGAGUGCCUAUACGAGAGUCAAAUCCGUGCCUUCCUCGAAGCGUUCCGCAUGCGCAUGUGCCAUCCCAUACCAAAUUUGGGCUUGCCUGCGCUGGAUCCUUUCAUUCUGGGUCCUGGCCAGACGUCUAUGAAUAAUAAAUACCUCAUAGACUUUACCGGUUCCAUUGAGGACUUCCAGCUGCAUGGAGUGUCUGAUUUUGAGGUGACGCAGCUUACGCUUAACCCUGUGCCGGGUCUGAAGAGCACCAUCCAGAUCAACUUUCCACACACCUACUUCCAGUCGCUGUACACGGCCAAGGGUUCGCUGGCCUAUAUCAUGAAUCUAGCUGGCGAUGGCAAUGCAGAAGCCUCCAUCAAGGACUUUUCGUUCCUCAUCUCUUUCAGGCUGAGAACUCUGUCGCCCCUGGGCAUCACUUCUCUGCAAAUUGAACUGUAUUUGGGUGAUUUAAAGAUCAACUUUGACAACCUCCUGGAGGAGGAGCGCAUCAAUGAUUUUGUGCAUGCGCUGGUCAAUGAACUGGGCGUGGAAUUGCUCGAUGAUAUUUGGAGCUAUGAACAGGGAACGGUGGUUACCAAGGCACAAACGCUGCUCAACAACUUUUUGGGUCACUACUCGCUACAGGACAUACUCCAGAUCAUAGCUGGUGGAGGAGGCGAGGGAGGCGAGAGCAAGCCCAUCUUUGAGGGCGUCGAACCCGACUGUAAGCUUGAAUCAGACUCAAGCAACCAAGACUGAAAAUGUAAUUGUAAUUAAAAUAGUUUUAGCAAAUAAAAUGUGUAAAUAUGUAUA